AUGUACACUUAUACCAACAAUGGCCCGUAUCACUCGCUUCAGCACAUGAUUGAUACUUUUUUUGCACCAGCAUUCUUUUCUCAUGGAAAAGAGUGCUUUGCGUACGCCGUCAUUGAUAAGACGCUUCCACCGUCCGCAGAAGACCCCGAUGGCGAGCUCGCGGGCGUGUUUUCCUACGAGCACGCCGAUGACAAGACACUAUGUGUGGAGAUUGGCCAUGUGCGCGUCGCACCUGCAUACCAACGAAAAGGUAUCGCCGUCGUGGCCACGGCGCUGAUGGCGCGGUACGCAAUGGAUACCAAGGAGCAGGGUGGCCUCGGCCUAGUUCGGGUAGGCUGGGGCGCCAGUAGCGUCAACGAGGCAUCGAUCGGCGUUGCGCGCAAGGUGGGAUUCGGCUUUGUCGGAACCAUUCCGUACCAGCAAGUGUUGAAGAAUGGGAUAGCUAGAAAUAAGGUGGGCAAUGGUAGAAGACUGCCGUCUUGGGUGGAGGCUGGUGACUUGUGGAGAGACGUGGACAUGUUUUGUAUAACUUGGGAGGAGUGGGAAUCAGGUAAAAGAGAUGUCGCGCUGCGGUUGUUGGCGGGCUCAGAAGUGAAGAGAUGA